CCCAUGUCCCCAUCCAGCACCCACGCAGUGGGCUGGAGGACAGACACUUGUGCCUGUCACUCUGUGCAGCCCGGCCACCAGCACUUGCCACCGCCUGUGUCACACUUCACGGCACUGAGACCCGGACUGGGACCAUGGGGGCUGGUCCCUCUUCAGUGGAGACCUCGGAGAUGGCCAGCCCUGGGGACACGGCGAGACAUUGCCAUGGCAACUGGCACGGCCACUGCCAGGCAGGAGGUACACAGUCUGCAGGAGCUGCGGCGCAGCGCGUCCCUGGCCACCAAGGUCUUUGUGCAGCGGGACUACAGUGAUGGGACCACAUGCCAGUUCCAGACUAAGUUCCCCCCGGAGCUGGAGAGCCGGAUUGAGCGUCAGCUGUUUGAGGAGACCGUGAAAACUCUCAAUGGGUUCUAUGCUGAAGCGGAGAAGAUCGGGGGCAGCUCAUACCUGGAGGGGUGCCUCGCCUGUGCCACUGCCUACUUCAUCUUCCUCUGCAUGGAGACACACUAUGAGAAGGUCCUGAAGAAGAUCUCCAAGUAUAUCCAGGAGCAGAAUGAGAAGGUCUAUGCACCACGGGGGCUGCUGCUCACUGACCCCCUGGAGCGUGGCAUGAGAGUUAUCGAGAUCUCCAUCUACGAGGACCGGUGCAGCAGCGGCAGCUCCAGCAGUGGCAGCUCCAGCAGCAGCAGCAGCGGUGGGGGGGGGCGGUGACUGGCAGGGGGAGGUCCCUGCAGGGACGCGUACUGCCGGGACAGCCGCCUCUCUGAGAUCCGCAGGCUGCACUACCAGAGCACCCGCUUC